AUGGAGAAGACAUGUCCUCAACGUCAUCGACAACAGCCGACAAUGUCGGAUGGACCUGGUCUCCGGAGGAUGGUCAAACAAACAGAUUCGUCAGAAGUUUGAGCGAAGUUCUAGAAACACGUGUAUAGCGACAUUUUGGAGUGGUUAAACGACCAUGGCUUCAAAAGGACUUGGAAGCAGUGUCAAACAAAUAUAAAGGACAUGAAGUUCAGCAACAGACAAACAGUGAGGAACCCAAGCAGUAGUGGCCGAGUGACCUGUCCAUUAUUUUCCGAACUCCACACAUUUCUUGCUGCCAUGCCUGAUAUGCCUGGGUCCAAGGUUUCAGAUGGAGAAGUCAUGUCCUCAGAUCAGGAUGAAGGGCCUUCUGUGGAUGUCAAGUUAGAGAAUCUACAUGAGGAAAUGGCUUCCAGAAAAGAGACACACAAGACACUCACCGGAGAGCAAACAGAAGAGAGGAAAUGGGAUGAGGCUUUUCACAGCCCUCAAUGUCACAGCAGAAUGAAAAUCAGAAGAAUAUCCCACCGUUGUGAACAGAUGGUUGAAGACAAGUCAGAUUUGUCCCUUCAGCCCAUAGAAGAGCUUUCAGAUAAAGAAGUAAUGUCCUCAACAUCAUCGACAAUGUCAGACGAUGACAGACGGAUACAGAACUGGAACUUGCAUGAGACAAAGACGCUUAUCGCCAUAUGGUCAAACAAACAGAUUCUUCAGGAGUUGGAGCACAGUUAUAGAAAAAAACAUGUACAACAUUUCAAAGCAGCUAAAGGACCUUGGUUUUAA